UUCUUGAGGAGAAAGCCUACCAAAGAAGAAGAAAAUGGAUCCAGGAAGUGCAAGCUAGCUAACCAUCUGUCUUGUGUAAUAGGUCUAGUUUUCAUGUUUCAUGAAGAUAAAUAUGACGUUAUAUUAGGUAGAUUUAUAUUGUAGAAAGAAAUGCCUUUGCUAAUACAAAAUAGAAGAAUCGAACGACCAGGUUCGACAGUCGAUUUGUUCGCCAGAUAUCCGCAUUUGCAGGAAAACGCCCGAGUAUUUCGGUCCAAGCCGGUUGUAGAUGUCGACCCGAAGUGCCUCCUAUACAUACAGCAACGAGAGUUUGCAGCCACAACACCAGCGGACAACUCUGUCGCUGUCCUUGGUUCUGAUGAUGCAACCACCUGCCACCUAGUUCUGGUGCGACACACAGGAAGUGGAGCUGCUUGCCUUGCUCACUGUGAUGGCUCCAGCACGUGGAGUGAGGUUCCCCUCAUCGUCAAAGCUGUCACAUCUCUGAGCAAGGACCCUGCCAAGGAGGGCAGGCUGGAGCUCCACCUCGUUGGAGGAUUUGAUGAUGAGUCAAAGAUGUCCCACAAACUCAGCCUUAACCUAUUGUCGGCCUUCCAGAGACAGAAAGAGGAUAUUCACCUAGAGACCUGCUGCAUCACAGGUUUACGCUCUGUUAUAUUCUCUCUCAGCCUGUUUUUCUUUAUACUACCCAGAGCUAUAUAUGUAGAGAGUUUGGCUGCCAUGUUAGCACGGGGGCCAUGUUCGAACGGCUGCCAUGUUAGUGCCUUUAUUCUUGACGUUUUGGUGAUGUAACAAUACGAGAGCGUCUCCGACAAUUCCCUAUGAAAUGACCCCCUGUAAACAAGCAAAGCAGGAGAAUAUUAUGUUUUUAUUUAUUGGCAUUCGGGGUGUAUCCAAGUCUGUACUGUGUUGUGGCGUCAACAAAUUGCAUAUCUUCUUUCAUUGGACAUCUUCAUAGGUUUUGAAAACGAUCCGAAAUUAACAGCACAACGCGGGAGUGUCAAUUAUCACUUAGCAACAGCUAUGGAGAAGGAAGUGGAGCUCUCGGAACGUUCAGACAGAAACCCGCAUUGGCCCAGCUCUCUAUAUAUCUGACUCUGCCCCUACCUAUCUCAAGGCUCUUUCUCUUUUUUUCCACUUGCAGAGAUGAAUGACGUCUUAGUGGACGGAGUUCACAGACCGGGUGUGCAGGGCAUAGGUACUGUACUGUAUCUACACUGCAAAUCAAUUCACCUUUUUGUAGCACACAGUUUAUAGUAUGGCAUUGACUGUGUGUCGGCAGGUGUAAAUCUUAAAACAGGGGAGGUGUUCCCCGCCUCGUUCCCUCACAAAGGACCCGCGGAGGAGCUGCGAUCAGCACGGACAUUCACUGGGGGCCAGAUGGCUGAUAUAUAUGACUCGAACAAAGGAGUUGUGAAGAUAGGCCCAUGUAAGUGGUCCCCGAAUCUGGAUAUUUCCUUCUGGCUGUCGCAAGACGAUGACACCAUCUUAAAGUACCUAUCCACAUCCCCUACGGCUGAGCCACCACACUUUGUCCAGCACAUCAAGUCCACCAUCCAGUUCCUCCUGGAGCACCCCAGUUCAGACAGCAUCUUCCCUGGAGGACAGCCCCAGCACUACCGCAGAACAGAGCAGGGGGACUGGGAGAAGGUUAACCAGACAUAAAGGGCUUGAGACUCUUCUCCAACCCCCUAUUACUUUGACUUUCCCUGGAAUCUGUCCAGAAAUGAAAUCACUCCUUAACUUCUGGAAGACAAGACACUGUGACCCUCCUCUUUACGCCAUUGUAGGUGUCACAUGUUAUUGUUUUUUUGACUUGGUACCAGUACUCCCUGUAUAUAGCAUCUUUAUUUUAAUUUUGUUGCACUUUUAUUUUUUACUUUUGUUUAUUUAGUAAAUAUUUUUCUUAACUGCAUUGUUGGUUAAGGGCUUGUAAGUAAGCAUUUUACAGUAAGGUAAAAUUGUAUUUGGCGCAUGUGACAAAUAAAAUUUGAUUUGAUUUAUCCGUGGUAGCUAUGUACAGUACAGAGCUAUCUGGAUUGAACCCCA